AUGGCGUCCAAAAGCCUCCUCCGUCAUGUCUUCCGCGACCUCAAACCUAAGAUCGAACAAUUGCGCUCGUCCAACAAGCACGAUACAUCCGCAGCAAGAUCGAAGGCUGUAGCUAUCGCCAACGGAAAGAAUGAAAAAACCUAUAUGAACGCCCCAGCCUUAGAUGCCACACCAUUCGCGCACUCGACGCCUCAGGUCCUCGCCCCAACUGUCCUGAACGACAUCUCUGCGGAGCCUGGCGCCGUCACGGUGAACAUGGACGACGAUAGUCGCGAAAACAGUAUAUUCGAAUCGUUUGGGUUCACACAGUACACCAGUCGCGAACUGCUCGAUACGACUAUCUCCGAAGCCAAGCUUGCUCUGCAAUCGCACCUUGAUACCCUCGCCAUGACCAUUGGGCUCUUGGAAGCUCUAGAUGGGUUUAGCGACACGAUCACGGUGAUGAAGAGGGAUACACUGAGGGCUCAGAAGGAGUGCAGAGAAAGGUUGAGCAUGAUUGCAGGUAUAGAGGAUGCCGCGCAUGCCAAGGAGUCGGCUAGCGAUGCAGUGAAGUAG